AUCCCGGGAGCCAAGCCUUUUGGUGAUUCAAAUUCAGCAGCCUCCGCCUCUUGCUCCUGCCCCGCCUUUGCCUGGACUGGGACCGGUAGGGAGCGACCUCAGCCUUCCUUCCCCGGUUGUUGUUAGAGGACAUUUCCUUCGGCUUCCCCAGGACCACCACGAAACUCCGAUUCUAGCUUUAUCCGCUUUCCAUAUCUAUCUAUAUGCGGCGGGCUAAUGGCUUCACCGCCCAUCACAAUGGGGAGGAUAACUCUUUGGACAAAGAAGUGGAAUCUUUUCUGAGUGACCAACAACAAUUCUCUUGCAUCAGUGACCUUACCAAAGUGAAUCCUGUAACCACCACAACUGUUCUGAAGUGUCUGCAAGCAAGAUAUGCUACCGAUGUGUUUUAUACCAAAGCGGGGUGCAGCCUUGUGGCCAUCAACCCCUUCCGCCCAGUUCAGUCUCUCUACUCACAAGAGCUCAUGAAAGGAUACCACACCGUUGCUGGCCUUCAGGAAUUAAAACCUCACAUUUUCACGGUAGCAGAAGAAAGUUACCGUAAUGUCCAGAGCCAGAUUCCAUUAGUCAAUCAGUCCAUCAUUGUUAGCGGGGAAAGUGGUGCUGGUAAGACAUGGACCUCCCGCUGCCUGAUGAAGUUUUAUGCGACAGUUGCAGCUUCAUCCGACAUCCCGGAAGGCAGUAUAACUGUGGAGAGGAUAGAACAACGAGUGUUGGAUUCCAAUCCUGUCAUGGAAGCUUUUGGAAACGCAUGCACCCUUCGGAAUAACAACAGCAGCCGAUUUGGGAAAUACAUCCAACUUCACUUAAAUAGAUCUCAGCUUUUAACAAGCGCUUCCGUUCAGACUUUUCUUCUGGAGAAAACAAGAGUUGCUUAUCAAGCCCCCCAGGAAAGGAAUUUCCAUAUUUUUUACCAGAUUGCAAAAGGAGCCACGCAGGAUGAGCGCCGAGAAUGGGACCUUCUGGACAGUGUGCGUUUCUGUUGGCUUCCAAAUUCUGAAAAGACUCUAGAAGAAGACUGUUUUGAUGUGACUCGGGAGGCCAUGACCCACUUGGGUAUGGACAGUUUCACCCAGAAAAAUGUUUUUAAGAUACUAGCUGGUCUUCUCCAUUUGGGAAAUAUUCAGUUCUGCGAGUCAGAAGAUGAGGCACAUCUUUGUGAGUUAGAAGAUCUGGCCAAAGGCUUCGCAGAAACUGCCUCCCGGCUUUUAAGAGUGCCUGUGGAACAGUUGUCGGACACACUCAGGAUCCGGACGAUAACCGCUGGGAAACAACGGCAGGUGUUCAAGAAGCCUUGCCUCAAGGCAGACUGUGAAACAAGGAGAGACUGUCUGGCCAAGGUGAUUUAUGCCAGGAUCUUUGAGUGGCUGGUAUCUGUGAUCAACGAAAGCAUCUGUGCCUCAAAUUCCGUGUGGAACAACUUCAUAGGUUUACUAGAUGUUUACGGUUUCGAAUCUUUCACGGUAAACCACUUGGAACAGCUCUGCAUCAACUACGCCAACGAGAAACUGCAGCAGCAUUUUGUCGGCCAUUUUCUAAAGGCUCAACAGGAAGAAUACGCUGAGGAAGGUCUGGAAUGGUCCUUUGUAAACUACCAAGAUAAUCAAAUCUGCCUGGACGCCAUUGAAGGGAAUCCUGUUAGCAUCUUCUCUUUGCUCAAUGAGGCCUGUCGCCUUAACUGGACCUCCAAUGCCGCGCAGUUUCAAAGUCGGAUUGAGAUGGCUCUGUCCAAGAACGCCUGUGUAAGCCGAGAGAAAUUUAGGAAGGAGCCAAACUUCAUUGUAUCCCAUUAUGCUGGUAGCGUCUGCUAUCGAAUUGAGAGUAUGGUGGAAAAAAAUAAGGAUCCUGUUCCCCCGGAGUUAGUCCUAUUGCUACAACAAUCCCAGGACACCUUGCUUCAGAAACUGUUUCCUGUCGAAGAGACACACAGCAAACCUGACGAAAAUGAUACAAAGGCUCAAGCAAAACCUGCACUUGUCACAGUCGUCUCAAAAUUUAAGGGUUCCCUCGAGCAGCUGAUGGAGAUCCUGCACAGCACCACCCCGCACUACAUCCGAUGCAUUAAGCCCAACGCAGACUGCAAGGCGGCCGUUUUCAGAAAAGAGGAGGUUCUGCAGCAGUUGGAGGCAUGUGGCAUUGUAGAAACUGUCAACAUCAGUGCAGCUGGCUUUCCAGUUAGGAUUUCCUUCGGAAGCUUUUUAGAACGUUAUGGGCUGCUGAAGAAAUUAAAGAAACGGAAUCUGAAAGCAACGUCCAGUCAAGGAAAUGACAUUUCCCAUGAGGCAGAGAAUGGCAAAUCAGCGACUCCUCCUAUAGAAGAAGAAUGUGACUCUUUGCAGUCUAAGGUCCAAGAUAUCCUUCGGCAAGUGAAACCCAUUAAUUCAUCUGCCAAACCUGGAGAAACAAAAUCACCUCACCUACCCUUGUUUUGUGGCAAGACCAAAGUAUUUUUGACCAACUCCAUGUUGGAGCUUCUCGAAUUCCAAAGGGCUUCUAUCUUAUCCGAGAAAGCGUUCUGCAUCCAGGGCUGUUGGAGAAGGUUUCGGAGGAAGAAAAUCGCCAGGCAGAGACGAUCUGCAACCGUCAUCCAGUCAGCUGUUCGCCAGUGGCUAGCUAGGAAACAUUUCCAGAGGUUACGUAAAGCUGUUAGGAUUAUAAAACGCACCUGGAAGAAAUGGAAGACCAAGAUGGCAGUGAUAGCUGCAGAAGAACUGGAUGGCAUGGAGGAACAUCCCCUUCCCUCUGUCCUUGGGGCAGCUGCUCCCUUAGGCCAGGCUGCUAAAAAACUGGACAGCUUCUGCCCUCUGAAUCCCAUCCUCCACGUCUGGCCUCUCAGCCUUGUUCUGUCAAGCACCCCGACAACGCUGGAGGGGCUCCAGAGAGAACUUGCUCUCCUAAGUUGCCUCCAAGUCUUACAGAAGAUGAACUGGACCAAAACAGAGACCAGGUUCUCUCUACAAGGUGUCAACUCCAUCCGAGCUGCCCCACAGGGCUCCAUCAAGUUCCACUGCAGAAGAUCUCCGCUGCUUUAUGCCAACACCAGGCCCUACAGCUACAGCUGCAUGGUGACCGGGUUCAACCAGAUUCUUCUUGAUAAAUGUGCAAUACCUUGAGUCUGAAAUGGUCCUUCUGGGCCCUUGAUCUGUCCUGUAUUUAUUGCUCUUCUUCCGAGGAAGCUUCCUGGAGAACCCAGAGAAUUUAAAGCACCUUUUCCAUGUACAGAGAUGGUCUAAAACAGGGUUUCUCAACUGUGGCCCCUUUAAGAUGGGUGGACUUCAACUUCCAGAAUUCUGGGAGUUGGAAGUCCACCCAACUUAAAGGGGCCACAGUUGAAAAGCACUAAUCCAGAUGCAGAAGUAGAGUCCUGGCCCACUCAUUCAAUCCAUCAAUUUAUUAAAUUGUAUUCCUCUCCCCCCGCCCCCCGCCCAUUUGGGAUAGUCCAUCCAUAACAUAAACAGAGCUACCUCCAAUGCCUUAUUUGGCCUGAUAGCAUCCGGUAACCUAGUGAAAGGAUUUCAGCUCCUUCAUCGUCUGAUCCUUUAUUUUCAGAAUCGGGAAGCAAAUCUUAACAAGUCUUGUGCAGGCCUUGAAAAAUGAUUGGGAAGCCCAACACUUGGCUGCUAUUCAAUAAAACAGCCUGCCUUUUCCCAGGUUUCCACCCAAGGCUUUAAAUAAUGGCACUUUAAGGAAUCCAGUGGCUUUAAGUAGAACCUUAAAGCAACAGCAGUUUUAUUUUAUGUUUCUGACACGCCUCCCUCAAAAUGGACUUUUUUAAACAAAUUGCAAAGUUUUUGGAUCAGUACAGGCACAAAAUUGUUCUUCCAAGUCAUUUUUGAAGCAUGUUAACAGCUCUAAAUCUUAUUAAAGCCAGGAGCUGGUAGAAUUUCAAUCCUGCUAGUUUUGAAGGAUGCUAUUUUUCUAAAUGUGUCUAUAUGGCAAUUUUUAUUUAAAAAGGGUGCUAUACUGUAGAUUGCUAUACCAAAAGUCUGUUCCCUUUGGAUAGAAAUCUUCAGGUUUUUUUAAAUGGCCACAUAAAUAUAUUCAUUUACCACCAAAGAAACCAUUUUAAUGUACUGAGAACUUUAUAUAUUUGUUUAAAUUUCUACUGCACUUGUCAGUGUUCCGCAUGUAAUGAGGAAAAAGCCUGAUUCUUGGGCAUUUUUUAAAAAAAAUAUCGGAAGAGUUAUUUUAAAACAGCUAUUUUGUUCAAAAUAUUUCUUAAAAAUAUCAGGAAAAAAAAAAAAUUAUUAAAAGGCAGAGGUCAAA